AGUUUUGUUGCUGUUUGGCUUCUACAUAUGGUAGCAUCAGAUUUGGUAUAAUUUGCUUGUUUGUCUCAUUUCUUGCGCAACAGUUUCAAAUUACUUCACAAAAAUAAAAAAGCUAAUGGCGUAGUGGAAACUGGAAAGUGGAUAUUGCUUUGUGUUCAAGGUUAAGACGACAAAAACAUUGGGAUUUGUUAAGGCUGAGUGACACUUCCUCCGGUACAAUGAAGUCGAUCCUGUCUGGCCGGGCGGCCAGCGACUGGUCCAAGUCUCCCGAUCAGACCCUGUUUCGCGAGCUGCACUGGUUCGUCAGCAAGGCGCCGCCGAGCGCCACAAUGCGCGGGCCGCUGGCCGCCCGCCUGGAGCGGCUGUCGCGGCCGGAGCGGCGCGCGCUGGUCUCCCAGGUGGGCGCCGAGGACGGGUGCUCGCCGCUGUUCCUGGCCGCCAAGGAGGGCCAGCUGGCGCUGGUCGAGUACCUGCUGGACGUCUGUGACGCCGACAUCGAGCAGCGCGGCGAGUACGAGGUGGCCAACGACCGGACGCGCCACCGUGUGACGCCGCUGUGGUGCGCCGCCGUGGCCGGCCGGCUGCCGGUGGUGCGCUGCCUGUGCCGCCACGGCGCCGACGUGAACUGCCAGUCGGACUCGGGCUCGACGCCGGUCCGCUCCGCCUGCUUCAUGACCCACCUGGACAUAGUGGUGUACCUGGUGACGGAGGCCGGCGCCGACAUCCUGCGGCCCAACCACAGCGGCGGCACGUGCCUCAUCAACUCGGUGCAGAGCGAGCCGCUGUGCGACUUUCUGAUCCAGCACGGCGCGCAGGUGAACGCUGUGGACAUCCAGCACAAGUCGGCGCUGCACUACGCCAUCCAGGAGCACCGCGAGGAGACCACCCGGCUGCUGCUGCGACACGGCGCCGACCCGUUCGUACUCAGCAAGGCUGGAGAUGAUGCUCUUCAGACUGCCUGCCUCAAGGGAGAUGCCACAAUAUUCGCACUUCUUAAAUCUAAGGUGCAGUACAGCCAGGAGCGUCUGGCCGACGCCUACGAGCUGAUCGGCGCCACGUUUGUCGACGAGAACCGCGACAUCAAGACGGCACUGAGCUACUGGCGACAGGCGCUACUGAUCCGCUACAGGGACCCCGAGAACCCCAUCGUCAAGAGAUUAGCUGAACCCAAUAAGGUGUACCUGAAUCAGCUGGAGUUCUCGACGUUUGAGGAGCUGGACGACCUCCGUCUGGACUGGGACGCCGUCAAAAUACAGAGCCUCAUCGUCACCGAACGAGUCUUGGGUGUCACACACAAGGACAUGACGUUCCGACUCAUGUACCGGGGUGCCGCCUACGCCGACUCGCUUCUCUUCCAGCGCUGUAUCGACCUGUGGCUGUACGCGCUCAAACUGCGUGUCCGCAGGGACCGCGUGCUGUUCCACGAGUCCUGCUUCACGGCUCAGGCCCUGGUACGUUUGCUGCUGGACGUUCAGGAGGAGCGUCACGGCGCCAGCGUCUCUCCUGACGUGCUGCAGUUCUGUGACGUCUCCGACACUCUGUCGGUGAUCAGCUCCCAGAUGGAGGAGGCCAUCCGACUGGUGCAGCUGCGGCCCGUCUACCAGCGCCAGCAGAAGGACUUUGACGUGCUGCUGGUGACGCUCACCCGGCUGGUGUACCUGCUGCUGCACGUGCGCUGCUCCGACCAGCAGCGCCUGCACUGGAAGCGCCAGCUGUACCGGCUGCUGAAGCUCCGACCGCGCACCUGCGCAGAGGGCAACACGCUCCUUCACCUGGCCGUGUCGGCCAGCGUUCAGCCCAAGUCGCAGUUCGACGACGCCCUGCCGGACAUCUUUCCGAGCGCCGAGGUGGCUGCGGUUCUUCUCGAGUGUGGGGCCGAUGUGGACGCCACCAACAACGCUGGCGUGACGCCGCUGCUGCUGGCGGCUCGCGGACCUAUCUACGGGAACAGCGUGCACGCUCCACUCAACACCUCUACGGCGGCGGUGGUUAACGUUCUUCUGGAGGCCGGAGCGCACGUGGACCGUCGCGUGGGCCCGCGUAAACGGGACGCGGCGCACCAGCUGCUCGAUCUGGCUCGCCACCGCUACUGCCGCGUGCAGCACGCGCCUCUGCGCUGUCUGGCGGCGCGCGUGGUUAGCAGGUGCGUGCCGCCGUCGGCCGUGCCGUCUCAACUGCGGCCCUGGGUCAACCAGCACUGAGCGGCGGGCUGGAGAGGGGAGGUGGGUAAGUGGGGAGGUCAGAGGACGGGGUGAGGUCGGAAAGAGGAAGAGAGCGCUCGGCGUGUGGCGGGGUCGGUCUCCUUUAUGGCGGAGACGAGUUUGCGGACUGAGAAAUCUUUGAUGCUGGCUUCGAAAACGUUCGAAGGCACGGCAGGAAGUUCAAGGCGAAUCAAGGCAAUACGGGUGGGAGCUGCGAUUGGGCGAUCACCGGGACACAAUCUUUCAAAAAUGCCGUUAGAAGGAUUUGGCAACACUAGCUGAAGUUAAGGUGGUAAAAAACGGCUGGUAAAAUCAAAUCGUUUUCUGCACAUUUCAGGCUAUAGUAUAUAAUCGUUCCCAGGAAUCGCUGUUUACUCGGAUACGUAUUUGCAAACACGGAUAUUAUUACACAUGUUAUCAAAUGUCGUGUAUGAAAAAGAACGGCAUUUUAUAAGAUUGGGCCGACAGCCCCUCCCCGAAGCUGAGUGAAGUGAUUAUAUGCAGGAUCUUGAGCACGGAGAUCUGUCGAUCAGGAAAUAAAGGCAGUGCGGUUGGGAGUGAUUGGGCGAACCUGGGUCCGUGCCGCUUUCAAUAAGUCAGAUGAAUGUUGGUGGCGCAAUCGUAGCGCUCACUGAUGUGUGAGUCACACCGUGACCCCUUGAUGUGUUGAUUGGCCGGUCCGUUAGAGAGCAUUACUUUGGACUUGUUUCAUGUGGCCACACUAGGGAGGAAUGGUCUAUCCCUGCAACAUUUCCGCGCCUUCCAUAAAUCUAUGCUACUCAUCGUUGUACAGUGAAGCACGCUUCGACGAUUUGGAGAGUGUAAUGUACUUUGUAAAGCGGGCCCUUCCUUGGUGCUCAUCUUAGUUAAGUAAUUUAGUACUAGGAAGGCCGUUCGGGUCGCCAGACGACUUCGGGGCGCUUGUUGGGUCAAUAUAGAGCGCCAGGUCACAGUCAGGUCAAAGUCGAUCGGGCGUCAUGUUAAAGGUCAGCGGGGCGCGAAGUCAAUAUAAAACCUGGUUACGGCUGAUGCACUAGAAAGCGACGUAACAGUAAAAUCCUCUUCCUAUCCCGCUGUCCCUUUCUUCCGUUGAUGAAUGCGUUUGUAUGUGCAUUAUCAGCGUAUUGCUCCAGUCUGAGUGGGCGCUCCCAGUGCUACUACUUAGUGUGGCCAGGCUCAGCGCUUGUGUCGACCACCCGCGGCCAUCGACGCUACUGGGUCGUUCCCUGAUAGAGCUUGUGCGUCGCUAGAGGCUCGGGUUCUCUUACUCCUGUGUGUUCAGCUGUAACUUUCGCGGCGAACUGUGGAAGGCUUUGGUUCUGUUUUGAAGCCGUCGUGACCUGUGACGUGGUAUCCUACCGAGAGACGGACGUCAUUCGCUGUCGCGGCCCGCAGUUUUUCUGUUUUGUCUCUGGUUGAAGCGUAGGGUGUCUUGCCUCGAACGUGAACGUGUUUCCGUGUGCUAUUUGCAGUGGGACACAGGGAUAGGUGCUUCCCUGGACCGGGCUGGGCUGGGUGUUUUCGAUGUUCUCUGAACCGUUCAUAUCGUGCUCUAUUUUGAAAGUGUGGCUCGCCGUUCGUUCGCGCGGGCACCAUCUGCGGUGCACCGCUGGUGAAGGAGAGGCUUAUGAAUGAGUCUUACGGAGUCAAUGUAUAUCAUAUAUAUUCCCCGUGAUGUGUUCCCGAAACUCACAAAUAAAGGACUCACGCCGAAAAUA